AUGAUUUCCAAAUCCGAUUCAACUGCCAAAACGUCAAUAGUCUCGGUAACGCUUGAGCCGAAGAAAGCUCUCGUUGAGACUCCAUUCUCUUCCACAAACACAUCCAAAGAGAUCAUUUUGCCGUCAAGAGCCCCAACUCCAGAAAUCACAGUCGGCGUAUCGGUGGUGAGCUUUCCACCCCUUCCACCAGUUCCAUCAACAACUGGUCGACAAUUGACUUUCACCGAACUACCGCCAGAAGAGUUCUCCCUUGGCUACGGCUCUUACAAGACAUCGACGUUUGACCCAAAAAUCUACAUCGAAAGGCUACAGAAUCGAAUUCAUCAAACGAGUUAUCCAAAAAUUUCUCGAGAAGACGAACGCUUUGACGAAAUACCAAUCUACAUCUCAAAUGCCAGCAAUGUGUUGCAGUUUUCAGACGAAGGUGAG